UUUGGGACUGUGGGUCUCAUCGCAAAUUUACCUUCUGUUAGCAGUAACUAUUGUAUCUUUUGGAUAGAUUUGGCCGCGUCAAGCUUCUGAAGUUGGGCCUGGCCGUAUUGUGCAUGGGCCUGGCCUAUUGUGCUUUGAUGAUCCGCUAUUUCUCUAGCUCAGAUAACAACAUCGGCAAGGGAAUGACGGUCUUUGGGCUGUAUAUGUAUGUCAUCUUUCACUUCAUUGUGAACAGCACAAUAUGGGUGUACAGCACCGUGGUUCUCCCUGUUCAUUUGCGCAAUAAGAUUAUGGCACUGGCAUCGGCAUUUCAAUAUACCUAUAGUGUUUCUAUUACUGGGGCAGCCCCGAGCGUUGGUUCUUUUUACCUUGAUGUCGGAUUCGCAGGCUUUCACAAGCAUCGGAGCAAACUUGUAUUCAGUUGGUGCAUUUAUUUAAUUACCCGAGCAAGACCCUCGAGCCUGGACCUAUCGACAGACACUAACCUCCCUCAACCAUCUAUAAGACCAAAGACAAGACUUUGGAAGAAAUCGCCACGACAAAGUCUCUAUUCCGAUGAUGCUGUAGAUAGACAUGACUGCGUCAUGCAAGAGUCAGAUUGAAACCCGGACUUCCUUAUCAUCAGAGACAAUAUCUUCUCAGAUACAUAUAUCACUGUACUAGUUAGCACC